AUGGCUUCAACAACCGCCGCGCCCCUGAAGAUCCUCCGCACCGCACACAACACGGCCGCCACGCCCCUCGCCCACCUGAACAUCACAGCGCUGCUCUCCCCCGCCAGCACCGAGCCCCUCAACGCGCUACGGGCGCGUCACAGCCUCUUGCCCCUGCAGCCGACGCACUCGCUGCACCUCUUCGACGGAUUCACGCCGCGGCACCUGGGGGCGUGCGCGGCGGCCGCGGCGCGGCACGCUGCCGCCCUGAAGCCGUUCCGGCUGCGUGUCGCCGAGCCGUUCCGCGGGGAGGGCAGCUGCGGGGAGAGGUAUAUGGGGUUUCAGCUUCGGGAUGCGGAUCCGGGGCCGGGGAACGGGAAGGAGUUGCGGCGCUUGCGGGAGGAGCUUGGGAGGGAGAUGAGGUGGGAGGUUGGGCGGUGGAUUGCGGGGACGGCGGGGGGCGGGGUUGGCUUGGGGAAGGGGAGGGAGGGGUGGAAUUGGUUGGAGAAGGAGAGGGCGAGGGAGUGGAUGUGGUGGAAUGGGAGGAAGAAGUUUCGGUGUAGUUUUGCGGUUUACGUUGCGCCGGGUCGUGCUGGUGGUGGGGGGGCUCGAGCGGGCGAGGAUGGGGAGGGGGAGAAGGAGGAGCAGGGAAUCCUAGAGAGGGAGAGGGAGCAGCGGGAGGAGCGGGUUUGGAGGGAGCUGGUGGACUCUUACGAGAUGGGGAAGAUGGGCGAGGUGGUUGUAGAGGGGUGGAGCGUGAGUCUGGGCUUUCCGCAUGAGGUGCGUCAUGAUCCGGGGUGGGUGCGGCCUGCCUACAGCUUCAAGGAUGCGAAGUUUGGUCAAGGGCUAGAGAAAGAGAAAGAGUGA